GCGCGAUCGCCGACGUGGGCUCGCUUCGCGUGUGUUGCCUCAGCUGUUGCGACCUUUUCCCUCUUUCCGUUCCUCUCACUCUCUCUUCCUCUCUCUUUCUCUUUUCUCUCUCUCUCUCUCUCUCUUUCUCUCUCUCGUCUCCCUCUCUCCAGUGCGAGAAGAAGAAGAAGAAGAAAAAGAAGAGAGAAAGACAGAAGAGGGAAACGGGAGCGCGAGAAGUCGCGUCCGGAUUGUCUCCGACUCGAAGGCGCGCGGAAACGAGAUCGCCGAUCCGGGCGACUCGCCGGCUCGACGACGACGACGACGACGAUUUUUUAGCCAUGACGAGUGCGCGGUGAUCCCCGGCUCUUCGCCCGUGCAUGCGUGCGUGUGCGUGUAUAUGUCGUGUGCGUGUGUCCACCUGUGUGUCCGCCCCGUGUCCGUCCAUUACGGGGACGGUGUGAUGCUGUUGGCCGAUCAGCGGUGAAGUGUUACCGCCGCGACCGCGAGCUACUCUCACUGCGCCAGCGUCACGUCGUCGGGAGGCGCGAUCAUGCUCGCGUACCUCUUAUCGGCCCUUCUGCUGCCGGGCGCCUUGGUGGCGUCGUAUCAGGCGCAAUGGCGGCCAUGCAUCGAGCUGAAGCGAGACCUGCUGGUGCCCUGCAAGUGCGCCGUUUCCGCGGACUACCCGAGGUCGCUCGAGAUGAACUGCGACAGGGUGAUCUUCACUCGGGACACCAUCAGCGUCCUGCGCGGCCAGCCGCUCGUGUCGGUCAGCCAGAGGCACUGCGGCCACCAGACCCUACCGGAGGACAUCGUUAACUCCGGCCUGAGCCUCCGCAGGCUCGACCUGUCGAGCAAUUCGAUCUACCGACUGAUGGACCGGCUGCUGCAGGUGCAGUCGCAGCUGCGCGAGCUGCGACUCGCCGACAAUCUGCUGGGUGACAGUCUGAACCCGAUCUUCUCCAGCAACGAGUUCCACGGCAUGAACGAGCUCGAGAUACUCGACCUCAGCAGGAACGGCCUUCGCAGCAUCGAGGAGGGCAUCCUCAAGGGAUGCGACAAUCUCGAGGAGCUCUACCUCGACGGCAACAAUCUGACCGCGGUGCCGGCCGCCUCGCUCAAGGGGCCUCGCGCCAUCAGGGUGCUCUCCUUGGCUGGAAACAACAUCGGUGUUCUUCCUCGAGGUGCUUUCACGAGCCUCGGUGAAUCGCUCCUGCGGCUGGACCUUAGCAACAAUGAACUGUCUCACAUGGAGGACGGUGCUCUCUCCGGCGUUCAACACUUGCUGUUCUUCAACAUCUCGCACAACUCCCUCAGCCGCUUCAACAGUGACGUCUUCAGAGGGGCGUUCAGUCUACUGCAGCUGGAUCUCUCGGCUAAUUUCCUCCGGGAGUUUCCCACCGACGCGCUGAGACACUUAACGGAACUGAAGUUCCUGAAUAUCUCCAACAACCUCGUCACCGAAAUAGAACGGAUACACCUGUCAGGCUUGACCGAGCUGCAAGUAUUGGACCUCAGCCGGAACAACAUAGGCCGGCUCGGGGUCAAUACGUUCUCCAGCCUUUCCGCUCUCACGAGGCUGGAUCUGAGUCUGAACGCGUUGCGCACGAUCGAAGAAUCGUCCUUCGAGGGCCUGACGAAGCUGAAGUGGCUGUCGCUGCAAGACAACAACAUCCUCCUGGUGCCAGCGGCGGCGCUCACGCGACUGCCUUCGCUGGCGCAUUUGCACGUGCAAUUCAACCGUAUCGCCGCGCUGUCCACCGAACUGAUCCGCGCCACGUCCACAAAUCUCGUGACACUGGGCCUGACGCGUAACCUCGUGCGCGAGAUCCCGUCGAGGCUGUUCUACAACUUCGAGAACCUCAUCAGCAUCGAGCUGUCCGGCAACAUGCUGUCCAUGAUCUCGCAGAACACUUUCGCCGGUCUGGAGGACACCCUGUUGAACUUGGAUGUGUCGUACAACCGACUGACCACCAUCACCGAACUGCCCCUGCGGAAUCUGCUGUCGCUGAACCUGGCGGGCAAUCAGCUGAAGCGCGUGUCGCCGGAGACCUUCAAGUACCUGCACCGGCUGCAGUAUCUCAAUCUUAGCAGCAAUCCGUUGUACGGCGGCUUCCCGCCGAUCUUCCCGUCCUCCUUGAUCAACCUCGACAUCUCCCGCACGGACCUGAGGAUCCUGCCGACCGUGUUGCUGCUGAACCUCGAGUCCUUGCAGAGGAUCUCCCUCGCUGGCAAUCAGCUGCAGGAGAUCGACGAGGGCACGUUCCAGCACCUGUACAAUCUCACCGCGAUCGACCUGUCGUAUAACGCGAUCGAGCGCAUUGACAACGGCGCGUUCGUCGGCUUGAUCAACCUCUACUCGCUGAAUCUACGAGGCAACAAGCUUACGUCCUUCGUCGGCGAGCAUUUCAACACCGGCACCGGCUUGGAACUGCUCGAUUUGUCGGACAACCGCAUCAGCCAAUUGUCGCCCACAGCCUUCGUCAUUCACCCGCGGCUCCGGCGAUUGGAUCUGUCAGGCAACCGCUUCGUCCAGUUCCCCAGCGACUUCGUCAAAUCGCUGCAGUUCCUCGAGCGACUCGACCUGUCGCGCAACGCAUUGCGCCACGUGCACGAGUUCGCGUUCUCGCAGAUGGGGCGUCUGCAUGUGCUCGACCUCUCUGGCAACCGGAUCGAGUCGGUGGAUGAGUUGGCCUUCCACAACUCCACGCAGCUGCAGUCGCUGGAUCUGUCCGGCAACGUGCUCGAGACGCUGAGCGAGCGCACGAUGGAGGGCCUGCUGCGGCUGGAGUCCUUAGAUCUGGGCGACAAUCGGCUCGCCGCGCUGCCCGAGACCAUCUUCGAUCCGUCCAGGAUCCGCGCGGUAGAGAAGAUCGACCUGUCCGGCAACCGCUUCAACGAGAUACCAACCCGCGCGCUACAACGUCAGUCGGCGUCGCUGAUCGGUUUACGGAUGGCGCGCAACCGAAUGGUGGAGGUGUUCACGCAGGACAUCGUCAACAACGUGAAGGAGCUCGACCUGUCCGAGAAUCCGCUCAGCGAGAACGCGAUCCGCGGCAUCCUCGGCGAGGCGAAGAUCCUGCGAUCGUUGAAUCUCGCCGACACCGGCAUCAGGAUGAUGCCGCGGCUGGAGACGCCGUUCUUGAAGCAUUUGAAUCUAUCCAACAACGCUAUCAUGGACAUCAAACCGACUACGUUGGAACGCACCACGAUGUUAGAGACUUUGGACGUGUCGCGAAAUCGUCUGGCGGAUUUCACGAAUCUGAUCAACACCUUCAAGAUCUUACCGGCGCUGUGGAGCUUGGACGUGUCCGACAACGAGAUGAAGACAGUCAACGAGAGCAGCUUCGACGGUCUAGGCGCGUUGCGCGCCUUGCGAAUGGCUAAUCUGCCGAACUGCACACGGAUCGAGAGGAAUGCCUUCAGGUCGUUGACGAGACUACGCUCCUUGCACGCUUACAACUACCCCAAAUUGGGCUACUUCGACGUGCAGGGUAUCCUCAAGAGUCUGGCCAGUCUGGAAAUAUUGGACAUCGAAAUCAAGGACUCAUCGGUGGGCAACGAGCAACUGUCUGUACGCACUCACCCGCACCUGCGGGAGCUGACGUUACGCGGAGAGAGGUUGCGCAACGUGCUCUCGAGCUCGCUGGUCGGUGUCCGCGGGCCGCGACUGCUUCUGGGUCUCAAGGACACAUCCGUGGACUUGAUACCAACCGCUUUGUUCUUCCCGGUGCCGCGCUCCACGCAAGUCGAGCUCGACGUCUCCGGCAGCAAGUUCAGCAGCUUGUCGGCGCAAUUAUUGGCAGCGCUGGAUGAGCGCGGCGGUUCCGUGAGGAUCGCCGGCCUCGACAGCAAUCCGAUCAACUGCAGCUGCGAAGCCAAACACCUGUGGCGCUGGCUGAAGUCGUCGGCCAGCAGGGCACCCAUCGUCGUCUGCUCCAGUCCUGAUUAUCUCGCCGGCAUGACGUUGAGCAACAUCACGGAGGAGUAUCUCUCGUGUGAACGGACGACACCCACCAAGCCGCAGAUGACUGAAACCACGCCGUCCACGAGGUUGACCACAUCUGAGCCGGAGAUCAUCUGGACCGUGGCGCCGACAGUGCAGAACAAUCGGAACAAACACUACAGUAACGAUCACACGGGUACCUCAACUAUGGGCAAUAUGUCGAGCACCGACGACACCCUGAUCAUCGGCAUCGUCGGCGGCGUAGUGGCGUUCAUCGCGAUCAUCGUCAUCGUCAUCUGCAUCUGCCGACUCAGGUGGAGUAGCCAGAUCAACGAGGCGCGGAUGGCGGCGGUGGCGUCGAGCAUUCACGAGGCGUCGAUGAUCAGGCCGGCCAGCGCUUACUCGGGCAAGAUUAACCAUGACCUCUACGUGGGAUCGUACAAUGGCUCGACCCUGGGACGGGGCAAUGCUUCGGUGCCAGCCACUCCGGUGCAGAUGAUGCCCUACAUGCAGCCGAUGCACGUGAUGCACACCAUGGGCCUGCCGCCGCCGCCAUCUUCGCAGCAGAUCUACGGGUAUUACGACAAUUCGCCGCUACCGGUCUACGUCGGUUGUCCGUCCGACAGCAAGUUGGACAGAUAAUGGACGUCGGUAGAUCGCCGAGAUCGUCGAGAGAGAGAGAGAGAGAGAGAGAGAGAGAGAGAGAGAAAGAGAGAGAGAGAGAGAGAGAUGACCGACGAUGGCGCAAAAUAUGCAUCUGAAUCUCAGUAAAUUCUGCGUGUAUUGCGACUCGUAGGUUUUUCCCACUGGACAAACCUGAAACAUACCGACGAAUGAAAUGUGUAUUCUAUGAGAAAAAUCGUGUGAAUCGACCUGAUAUGUACGUACCUUGAGAAAAGAAAGGACCGAUGUGUAUGUUUCUUUUCAGUUUUCCCGGGAUUUGUUGGGAUUUAAGAGUAGUGUAUUAACUUUGCGUCUCGUUGAAGACUGUCGUUAAUUUCGUUAAUUUCGUUUAUUUCUGUCCAAGGACACUUGAUUCCAAAUUCCUCCUAGGUAACACACAAAAUUCAGUUACACCAACGGGGAAUUGUUUCUUUCCCGCGUAUAUUCUGGUAGACAAUCGAGCGAAUCAGUAUUGUACAUAAACGUACAAAAUCGUCAGGUGCUGCAACGUGCGUGACGAUCCCGACGUAAAGCGUGCGUAUGUAAAUGUGUAAAAAAAGAUAUUGCAAGGUGCUUGGAUAAGGCAGUAAUAAUCGAUUUCUCAGCGCGAGUGAGUUAAUUAGAGAGAGAGAGAGAGAGAGAGAGAGAGAGAGAGAGAGAGAGAGAGAGAGAGAGAGAGAGAGAGAGUGUGCGUAUGUACAUGUAAUUAAGAAGAAACGGUGCUUGCGUAAUAUGUAAAUCGAAUAUACGUCGAAUAAGUCACUACUCUCAUUGCAAAUUACUCGAUUUGUACUUAAUAUUGGCGUAGGGUUAAUCGAGGUCAUCAUAAUAUCGUGUAUAAUACAUUUUAUAUACGCUUAAACGUGUAUUUCAUUCAAACGAUAUGUAUUAUUUAAUAGACAUUU